CGACAAGGACGGACAUAUUUUCACGAUAGACAAGGAGAGCAACAGCGUGCGACAAGGACAUAUAUACCUAUUUGCAGUCAUGUGACAAAAAAAGUUUAGAACAAAAGUUGAAUGGUACAGGGUGUACAGUAGGUGUAAUAAAAAAAAAUUUCGAAAACUGUUUGUUUUCAAAGCUAAAUCAAGGUUAUAGGUCAACAACUGCCAUGGUUCUAAACGUAGUCGUCUAACUCCCUUGUGUAGUAUGGUUUUUUGUGUCGAACCACGUGUAUCGUAUGACGUGACGUGUUUUAAACAAUAAAUAGUCUAUUAACAUUUGUACAAUUUCAAGAAAGUACAUUCUCUGAAAUUAAUUGUCAAUCACUAUGACUGUAAUACAAAGAGUCGUAAAACCGACUACCCACAAGGCUAAAAGAGCUAUUUUAAAAAGAGAACCGAAAUUAAUAGAAGAUACUAAACAAACUUUGUGUUUUAAAGGUAAAAACACUUCACAGAUUGUAGUAAAUUUUAUGAAAGAUUUGUAUGAUUUAAAGAAACCAGAUGCACAAAUAAUGCAAAAGAAAAAUGAUAUAUUACCAUUUGAAGAUGUAAUACCUAUUGAAAAGUUUUCUGUAAAAUAUAAUGCUCCAUUUUUUAUGAUUGCCUUGCACAAUAAAAAACGUCCUCACAAUUUAAUAAUGGGAAGAAUGUACGAAAAAACAUUAUUAGAUAUGGCAGAAUUUGGCAUAGAAAAUUAUACAGGAUUGAAAGAUUUUAAGGUUCCAAAAAUUUCAGAAGGAAUAAAACCUUUGUUAGUUUUCAAUGGAGAACUUUUUGAAAAUAAUCACGAGUUCAAUAGAAUAAAAAAUUUGCUUGUGGAUAUGUUUCAAAGGAAUACAGUUGGAAAAAUCAGGUUACAAGGUCUGGAACAUGUUUUAAGUUUCACUGCAGUUGAGAAUAAAAUACUUUUACGCAGUUAUAGGAUAUGUUUGAAAAAAUCUGAUUGUAGAAUACCAAGAAUUGAAUUAGUAGAAAUUGGCCCAAGAGCAGAUUUAAUUUGUAGGCGUACAAAACUUGCUUCUGAAGAUUUGUUUAAGCAAGCUUGUAAAAAACCGCAAGAGCUUAAGGUUAAAAAGAAGAAGAAUAUAUCUGUAGACAAACUUGGAACAACUUAUGGUCGUAUACAUGUUGGUGCUCAAAAUAUUAAUAGAAUACAAACGAGAAAGAUGAAAGGAUUAAAAAAGACAAUGGCAGAAAAGAAAGUUGGAGUGAAAAGAAAAAAUGUCGAAAAUAAUGAUAACUCAAAGAAAUUAAAAGUUAACAAUAAUUCGACUGGUUAAUUGUAAGUUGUGUUAAUUUAACUCCAAAAUCAGUAUGGAAAUAAAUGUAAAUACAGGUUUUUUUUUUAAUUAAAAAUAUUAAAUUACUGUAUGAAUGUUUU